AUGCAUCGCUUUGAUUCCCUCUGGACGCGCGAUGUUGAGGCUGUGAUGGAGCAGAACGCACGUGUGAGGGAGAGCCUGCAGUAUGAUGUUGAUAGCGACAAGAAGGCGGAAGCCUGGCUGAUCGAGCAGCUCCACAUGUACAAGGACAGAGUGGUCGGGCAGACGAUGGCUGCACUGGAGGAGGAGUUCAAGAGCUUGUUCCCGGCGGAUUUUACACUCUUGAACGGAAGGUUCAAUUUGAACGAGCAGAAACUGCGGCAGCAGACCUUCGUGCUCACCGAAGAUGGACGCAGCGUUCGGGAGACAGAUGCCACGCAGGACAUUCAUCGAAUGUGGGAAAGUGAUCGGUAUGGCCUCACGCAGACCGUGGUGGUAUGUCCAGGCAAACUCGCUGGAAGCGAGACCAUCCAGCUCAGCGUGGAUGCAACCAUCGCUGCAUACGCAAACUUCCAGGAGCGGACACAUCGGGUGGAGCAGAUCUUCGCACUGCCAAGUGACCACGCCCCGAAAGCCGGCUUUGCAGGAGGUGCUUUCCAGGAACUAUGUCUCAACUACUUCAAGCAAAUCCACGUCCAUGCCAUCCACUAUUGCCGCCCCAAGUUGAAGGCGUUACUGGCGCGGCUCUACCAGGAGCGUCAUUUGAGACAGGCAUUGCAAAGAAGCCCCGCGAUGGCCAAGGUGAAG